GAGCAGGGUCCGGCUGCAGGGGACCCUGGUGCCACCCUGCUCCAUGGGAAAGGUCCCACCUGGGCACACCGGCCCCGCCAGGGCGGUGCCUGCCAGUUCCUGUAGGUUGGAGAUACCGAUGAGCUGUUGCAAAACUAUUACUAAGGCAAAAUCAUUUUAGAAAAAAAGUGGGUUACAAUUGCGUAAUCUGGGACUCUCAGCAAUGUGGGCCCACAGCUGGGGGACGGUGCGAGGUCUCUGGUCUGGCUGCUGAGGCUGCAGUGCCCAGACCACCCCUGCAGGGGAUGGGACAUCACCUGGAAGGAGCUGCCGGUGUCUCCCGGGGAGGAAUCCGUCCCUGCUGAUCUCCCUGCGGGAUUUGACCUGCCUUUUGUUGUUCAAGCCGAGCGUGUGCCUGCAUGUGCGCAGCAAGAACCUCUCCGGGAGCUGUUUGCCAGACUCACCCAGCCACUGGGAACCAAACCAACCACCCUUCCCCUCCCCUCGCACGCUCAGACAAACCCUGCCUGUGCAGGAGGGCUGCGGCUGGGAAGGAGCUUCCCUGCUCUGAGAGGCGCCUGGAUCCCGACACCUUCCUCUGGCAUUCCCACCUGGACAGCCCUGGGACAUGGCAGCGCACCGAUGAGAGGACCCUGAUCCCCAGUUUGCCAUCACGCCCUGGCUAUGCCCCGUGCUGGACACUCCCCACCCCACAGCCCCCGGUGAGCGGGGAAGGAGCCUGAGCCUCCUCCAGGUCGGGUGACUCUGGUCUCCCUCGGCUGCCAUGGAUUGGAAAACGCUGCAGGCGCUGCUCAGUGGGGUCAACAAGUACUCCACGGCCUUCAGCCGCAUCUGGCUCUCCGUGGUCUUUGUGUUCCGUGUGCUGGUGUACGUGGUGGCAGCUGAGCGGGUCUGGGGCGACGAGCAGAAGGACUUCGACUGCAACACGCGGCAGCCGGGCUGCACCAAUGUGUGCUAUGAUCACUUCUUCCCCAUCUCCCACAUCCGCCUGUGGGCCCUGCAGCUCAUCUUCGUCACUUGUCCUUCCCUCCUGGUCAUCAUGCACGUGGCCUACCGGGAGGACCGCGAGAGGAAGAACCGGGAGAAGAAUGGAGAGAAUUGCCCCAAGCUCUACAGCAACACGGGCAAGAAGCACGGCGGGCUGUGGUGGACCUACCUGUUCAGCCUCUUCUUCAAGCUUAUCAUAGAGAUCCUGUUCCUCUACCUCCUCCACAAGAUGUGGGACAGCUUCGAUUUACCACGGCUGGUAAAGUGCUCCAACGUGGAUCCCUGUCCCAACACCGUGGACUGCUACAUCGCUCGGCCAACCGAGAAAAGGGUCUUCACCUAUUUCAUGGUCGGAGCCUCCUCCAUCUGCAUCGUCCUCACUGUCUGUGAGAUCUUCUACCUCAUCUUCAAGCGAGUUGUCCAGAGGGCAAGGAAGUGGAGGAAAUCCAAGCGCUCCGUCAGCUACAGCAAGGCCUCCACCUGCCACUGCCACAUCAAGUCAGAGGAGAAGGACAAGCCCCAGCCUAGGUGUGUGGCAGCCCUGACUGCUGUCUGAGGGUGCUGGGAAGGGUGGUGGGGGAAGAAGUGGACUGGUAUGUGCCAGGGAUGGUUGGCACCACAGGUGAUGCCACCACCAGACUCUUCAGCCAGAACCUCGAUGGCUGUAAGGGGAGGGGGACACAUCCAUGGGAACUCUCCUGCUUGGGACCAUGGGCACAUCACUGGUGUCCCAGUGGUGUGGACAUACUGGGAGGCAGCUGCGUGCUGGGUGCCUGUGCCCAUGCCUGAGGGUGUCUGUUCUUCCCACAGAGAAGAGCCGUGAGCUCACCCAUCCCAGCCGGUUCACAUUCCCCUCAACUUGGCUUUUCCAGCCUGCCAAAUCUCCAAACCCUCAAGAGCUGACCCGUGUGAAAAAUGACUAAACCAAACAAAGUAAUGUCCUUGGAGAGAGACCCACGGGCGCCUGAGCAGACACAGGUAAGGCAAGGGCAGCCCUGGAGCUCUGCAGGUUACACAGAUCCUUCGUGUCCAGCAGCUUCUCCUGGGUCCUGCAGCUCUGCUGCUCCCAUGCUGGGUGUGAGUGCCCAGCCAGGGCCGGUGCCACCCAGUGCGUGCCAGUCCUCCCAGCUCACUGUGCCUCACACAUGCCAGUCCCAAGCAGUGCUUUCUUUUGUACCAAGAAUCCAAAGGAAUUCUGGGCUCCGUGGCCAGAGCUCUCUUCAUGCACCCAAAGUAAAGACAGAGGACCAGGGCUCCAGUCUGUUGGCAACAGUUCUGCUGGCCCAGUUUGCCCAGUUUGCCAUUACUGGGGCUGGGCAGCUUCUCCCCCUUGGCUCACACAAGCACCAAGCCACGUCCUGCCCAAAUGCCCUUGCUGGCUCUGCUGUUUCCCCUGGUGCCUCUGUGUCCCCCCUCACCUCAGAUGCACAUCACACAUGGCACAAGCUACGGAUCCAAAGGCCAACAAAUGUCGUGUUUGGAGCCACCAAGAUCUGCUCUGCAUGCUGGAAAUUGGGGGACUGGUGAGGGCGGAAGGCAUGGACUUGCAGGGGUUCCUCAGGAGCCUGCAGCCAGCUCCUUCUCCUCCACACGAGCUGGGCAUCGGUCGAGCCCACAGCCGAGCUCACGUCCGCCCGUUCCGCCUCUCCCAGCUUGUCACGCGUCGUUAAACUUUAAUUCAGCAGAACCUCACGCUGGCCCCCAAGGAAAUCAAGGAGAGAUGAGCAUCAAUUAUUUACUAAACCUUGAUAAAUAUUACAAUAAAUAGAAAUGAUUUCCA